AUGAUGGACUACGCCCCUCUCCGCGACUCGGCGCGCAGAGCCCGCCAGCAGCACACGGCGGCCGCCUACGAGGCUUCGCUACGGCAGGCCCUCAACUACGCGCCCGUGCCGACUGGGCCCGCCGCCGGCCCCCGGACGCCGACGCCGGGGGCGGCCGGCGCGCCCUUCGUGCCGCCGCCGUCCUCUCACGAAGCGCCGCCGUCGCCGCCGCCCCGGGACGACCUGCGGCAGUCGUUGGUGCGCGCGCAACAAAAUGCGCAAGCCCAAUUACAAGCCCUGGUGCUCCACCAGCGGCAAUUGGCCGCCGCGCUGCGGGACCUUGCGGAGGGCGCGGUGCCGCGCGCCGAGCACGCGUGUCGCGUCGCCGGGCGGCGGGGCGACGACGCCGUGGCGGCGGCGAACACCGUGCGACGAGAACUGGCGGAGCAGCAGACGCAAAACGACGCGCAGCAGCGCCACGUUCGCCAGUCGAUUGCCGCGCUGCGCCUCGCGCUGGACGAGCGGCCGACGCAGCGCCAGUGCGCCGACCUCGCUUCGCAGACCGUGGCGCGGUGGGUCGAGAGCGACCCGGGCGCGGAGGCGUGGGUCCGGCGCGCCGCGCGAAGCGCGGUCGGCGCGGCGCUGGGGGACGGCGGCGCUCUGAGUGCCGAGCUCGAAGACCGAGUGGCGCGGGCGGCGCGGACGGCCGCGGCGCAGGCCGCGGAGCGGGCCGCGAAAGAAAUCGUCGACAAGGGCGACUUCCUGCGCGAAGCGGUGGAGGCGGUGGCGCAACGCGCGGGCGGCAGGGUGUGGGGCGACAACCACAAGGCGACGCUGCGCGACGAGUGCGCCGGCGUUGCGGCGAGGGCGGCGUCCGACGCCGUGGAGCGGCUCGUGGCCGAGUACGGCGACCGAACCGGCGCCAAGGUCGCCGCGGCCCUGGAGGAAGCGAGACUCCACGCGAGGGCCGGGAAGGAGCACCGCGACCAGUCGGCGCAUCUGCUCGAGGGCGCGACCGCCUCGCUCGCGGCGCUCCGCAAGCGCGUCGACGACGUGGACCGGCGGCACGCCGCGACCCACGGCGAAUCCGCGGCGAACGUCGAGGCGACGCUCGCGGCGUUGCUGGUACGCCUCGAGGGCGUGGAGCGGCAGGCACCGAAUGAUCCGGGGCAGCCGCUGCGCGCGCUCGAGGCCCGCCUCGACGCGCUGGCGAAGACGGCGACGACGGCGGCGUCGGUCGAGGCGGUGGCCGCGAACGCCCGCGACGCGGUGGACGCGGCCGAGGCCAAAGCGGUCAAGGCUCAGGCCGAGGCGAGCGGCGCCAGGGCGGCCGCGGCGGCCGCGGCCGCCAGAGCGGACGCGCUCGAAGCCAAGUUGGAGGAGGUCCUGGCGGCGGUGCAACAGACCGGCGCCCGGUCCGCGCAGGCCGCGCAGGACAUCGGGAAGGCCCUGCAGCCCGUCGCGGCGUCGGUCGCGGCGCUCCAGAAGCGCGUCGAGGCGGUCGAGAAGCGCCCGCGGCCCGCGGGCGCGCCGCCGACGCGCGCGCCGCCGGCGCCGAUCGAGCACGAGGAGGCGGACGCGUCGGACCUGUCGCAGGCGGACCCGCUGGACGACGACUCGGUGACCCCGGGCGCGGCCUCGCGGCCGACCUUCGGGCUGCCCGAGCCGGCGACGUUCGGGCUGCCUGGCUCGCCCGGCAACCAGGCCGCGACGUUCGGCCUGCCCUCGAUGGGCCUCGCGCCCAAGCUCGGACCCCUUCCCACGACCGCGGUCGAGGAGAAGAAGCCGACGGCGCCUCCCGCGGAGGAGGUCGCCGCGCAGUGCCAGUACUGCAUGAAGCGCGUGCCCCGGAGCCGCAUGAACGCGCACGUCGCCGAGGAGUGCAAGAUGGCGUUCGUGCCGUGCCCGCGGGGGUGCGGCAAGCGCGUGCUGCGCUUCGCGCUCGCGGAGCACAAGGCCUCGUGCGGCUUCGGCGAGGCGGGCUUCGUGCCCUCGCACACGCUGGCGCGGACGCCGCCCGCGCGGGCGGUGGCGUCGUCGUUCCCGACUACGGAUCAACAGGAGUCGCCGAUCGGGCUCCGCGGCCUGCGGUCGCUGCAGCGCGCUCAGCCGGACGACGCGGAGUUGGCGUCCCUGGAACCGCUGACGUGGUCGCCGUUGCGCGCGGAGGAGUACGUUUCGCAGACGCUGGGCCUGCCGCGCGUCGGGUCGCUGCUCGCGCGGCGCCACGUGAACGGCGCCACGCUGGCGGCCAUGAGUCGGAACGAUCUAGUCCGUCCCGAGCCACAAGGGCUCGGGCUGGCGGCCGCGGACGCGGACAAGCUCUUCGAUCUCGUGAAGCGCCUGCAGGCGCUCUCUCCUCCAUCGUAA